AAUACUAGGGGGAGUAACUCAAAAGAAAAAUGGCAACUUCCGUUUUAUGUCGAGUCCAAAGUUUAAGAAAAGAUUUAUUCCUUUCGGUGUCAAGAUGCUCGGUUUUGUUGAAAAACACUUAUUUGGUUAAAUCAACUGAGACUGAUGAAUGCAGUCUUGAAUUUUUGGAGUGUGACAAUGAAGGUAUUGCUGUUAUCUCAAUGAACAGACCAAAAGCAAAAAAUUCUUUAGGGAAAGUAUUUCUGAGUCAGUUUCAAGGCUGCAUUAACAAUGUUAAAUUUGAGAAAAACAUCAGAGUACUGAUUAUUAGGAGUAUGGUACCUGGUGUAUUUUGUGCAGGUGCUGACUUGAAAGAGCGAGCUAAGAUGACCAAUGAAGAAGUAGGACCAUUUGUAGCUGGACUCCGACAAAGUGUGACAGAUUUAUCUAAUAUACCAAUGCCAACCAUAGCUGCUAUUGAUGGUUAUGCUCUCGGGGGAGGAUUAGAAAUGUCUUUGGCUUGUGACAUGAGAACUGCAUCAAGUAAUGCCAAAAUGGGUUUGGUAGAAACAAAGAGAGGAAUCAUACCCGGGGGCGGAGGAACUCAGAGGUUAACCAGAGUUGUUGGACCUGCCCUAGCUAAAGAAUUAAUAUACACUGGCAGAAUGUUUGAUGGUCAUGAAGCUGCUAAACUUGGAGUAGUUAAUCACUCUGUAGAUCAGAAUGAGGCAGGGGAUGCUGCUUAUCAAAGGGCUGUAGAAUUAGCUCUAGAAAUUACACCAAAUGGCCCUGUAGCACUGAGAAUGGCAAAGAUGGCUAUAAGCAAGGGUUCUGAAGUGGAUCUCACAAGUGGUAUGGGAUUUGAAGAAUGUGGUUACGCUCAGGUAAUACCAACAAAAGAUAGAAUUGAAGGAAUGAAGUCCUUCAUAGAGAAGAGAGCACCUGUAUAUAAAGGGGAAUAGAUUUUUUGGAAAUGAUACUAGAAAAAUUCUCAGGAAAAAUCAACAAAAGUUAGAUGGUCAACUUGAAAGCAUUUACAUGUUAAGCUUAGUGGAGUCCUUAUUACUUGUUUUGAAAAUGAUAUUAGAUUUUGACAAUGUUAUAUAUUGCUCUGCUCAGAAUAAAAUAUUUGUUUUUGAUUGCAGAAAUUAUAGUGCAGUGCAUUAUAUGUCUUCAUAUUGUAAUAUUUUAAAAUGAAAUGAUGUAUUGGCUUUUGCAUAAAAAAAAGUACUAUGUUAAAAAUAGUGACCCAAUGAAUGUUAUCAAUAGGUGGAGAAAAUGUGUAAAUUCCAGAGUAUGCAUGAGUAUUUUAAUGUAUUGAAAUGAUUGUCUGUGAUAAAAGAAUAAACAUAUUUUCUUA